CAUGCUUUCAUUGACUUUUGUUAUUAAUACUUCGUUUCUCAUACGUUCAAUAUAUUUAGAAUAAGUAGUUAUUCAAUCGUUUGUUAAGCUAAGAAACACAUUUGUUUGGAAUUCGAACGAAUAAAAAAUGCAAUCAUUGCGAAGAUGGCAUGGCUUUCUUCGGUCUCCAGUGAUGAAAAAUUUAUGUUUCAGUUACGUUCGUCAAAGUUCAUCUUACGACGGAGAUGGAAAGACUUCCGUUAGUAUUCUUAAUAUGGAAGCAGAUUCCGGCCUAUUGAUAAAUUCGUACAGUACGGUGGGAUUCCGGUUGAACAACAAUAUGGUAGUUGUCGGUCCCAUGGCUAUUUUUCCACGAACAGUGUUUUCAUGGAAUGUUGCGAGUUACGAGGAUAUUAACGAAGAAAGUCUCAGUCUGUUUAGUGUACUAGAACCAAAAAUUGACGUGUUGGUAGUAGGAAUAGGCGAUCAGCCGGUAACACCCGCGUUUAAUAAGAAAAUUAUCGACUACAUGCGCAAAUAUAAAAUCAACGUAGAGGUUCUCAACACUGAGCAAGCUUGUGCUACCUUCAAUUUUUUGAAUGCCGAAGGACGCGUCGUCGCCGGUGCAUUGAUUCCUCCAAUAACAAUGAGGAUAAAUGAAGACGACAUGAUGCGAACACAAGUUUCAAAUCGGCAAACGUUUUUGGUAAAAGAUGAAUAAUUAAGCCGGUUGUAGCUUUUGAAAAAAUAGUUUUAGGUCAUUGUUUUACUGUUAGUUUAAUAUGUACUACUUUUGAAUUGAAAAAAGUAUUGUUCAAAUGGUUUAUUAACUUUUCAUUUACUUUAAUAUCCGACUACUAAAAAAUACUUGUGUAAAGCAUACAAAUAAAUUAGCAUUGCAUGCAAAUUCGGACUAAGUGCACAUAAAGAAUUACAGGGCCAUUCAAAGCGCCACUAUAGGCGAAUAGCUACAAGAGCCAUUUUCAAUAUGAGGAGUUAAAGCACAGACUAACAGACAUGACAGUAUGAGUAAAUUCUUAUAAAAAUCAUUUUCUUGAUGCACUAGUUCCACCUACAUUGUACUGCGCGAACUAUUUACUAUCGGUACACCCCUUGUGUUACGUAAAAGUUUUUUACUAUGGUGGUUUCCCCUCGUUUGUCAACACCGAUCAGCUGCUUGCAGGGUUGCCUGAUUUCAUCAAAAUAUUUGAUAAUGAAUCAGAGAUGCCAUUUAUACAGAUUUAUCUGUAUUAUACAGAUUUUUACAUGCGCAUACAGAUUUAAUACAGAGUACAGAUUUCUUACAGAUUUCUAAAAUUGAAUACAGAUUUCACCAAAAGUAUUAAGGAAAAAAUUGAACUAUCUAUUAGUAUUUGAGCUAUCUAUUAGUAUUUGAUUGCAAUGACGAGAUAAACGUUUAGGAAUCAACGUACCAAUCACUUUUUAAAAUAUAUAUUUUUUGUGCAGAUAUUUAAAGAAGAACACUGAAAUCCAUUUAUAUUAAAAUUUGUAACUAAAUUGAACUUAAAAGUUAGACAAGUCUUGGCAUCAUGAAACAUUAUUGCCAGACUGACAGUUGUAUUACCUGACUUGACGUUGCAUAUUGGGGUUUGGAAAUCCAUCUCAACUUAUAAAGUGAACAUUUUCAAAUUAGACAAGUAUAUGGCACUUUAAUUCAAUUGUUGUUGAUAGAAAAAAACUAUAAAAUUUCGUCGAUGAAUAUAAUAUAAGAUAUGAAAUUCAAUCUACCACUCUAUAACCAUAAUCUAUUGGAAUAACACCUUUUAACAUGAUUGUAUUGUAGAAAUUUCAUUUUAAUAGCGAAUACAGAUAAAUACAGAUAUUUUAUACGAAUCAAUACAGAUUUUCUAUGAAAAUAUCUGGCAUCUCUGUAAUGAAUCGUCACAAUAAAUUUUUGGAUUACGUUGAUACCCGCUUGUGAGGAAUUCUGGCAACCGUCAGAAGGCUGUCUGCGUUCCGGCAGCUGUCAACAUUGUCCAGGCGAAAUUACGUCAUUACCUCGCAGCACGUGUCUUGUUUAUUUCUCUCUUCCUUCUUUUUUCUUUUUUUUUUAUUCGAAUUCAUUUGAUAUUCGUAAAUCCCGCAUAUACGUACAAAAAACGAAUCUUGAGACGAGGUAAAUGAGAUUGAAAUAUGGAUAUGUUUGGUAGUGAGAGAGCAAUGGUAUUGGAAAUAACAUUUUAUAUAAUCAGUAUAUAUGAAGGGCAAUAACUGAUUGUCUUUCAUAUGUACUUUUUAUUGAAAAAAUAAAACCAAGACGCUAAAAAUGUAAAACCGAUUCAAAACGGUUCUGCCCAUCUUGUAUGGCAAUAAUCCGACAUAAAUAGAACCGAUAAUAACCGCUAGGCGAAAUCCUCUGCCAGAAACGGUUGUUGCAUUGUUGCCAGACUUUUGCCGGAAUUCUGGCAGAACUCCGGCAAAAAUGGCUGGCAGACAUAGCCAGCCGUAUGGGGGGAAAUCUGCCCGCCGCGUACAAGUGGGUAAUAUAUUUAACUUUUUUAGCGAUGUUGGAAGAUAAACAUUUAUUUUACUCAACGUUGUUCAUCUAGACUAUUUUUGAUUGUGUUGGUAAUUUUCACGCGAAAUUAAGUGACGGCAGACCAGAAGCAAGUAAAUAUUGUAACAAAACGGGUUCGAUUUUGUAUUGCGUUGUAGGAUGAGAAGUAGACACAAUUCUGUAUAUAGUUUUGGCAAUAUGUAAUAAAUCUGUAUCCUGCAUGAAAUUCGCAUGGAGGGUAUACAAAUCAAUACAUUACAAGUAAUUCUGUAUGAAUGGCAACUCGGUUGGUGAAUGAAAAAAAUAAACAGAGUCUAGAUGACAGACAGAAUGUAUUUGAUAGGGUAACGUGGCGCCAUCAUGACAUAUGCGAGUACUGUCCCAACUAAAGGAAUAUUCGAAAUGACCGUUUAUAUGGUUAAAGAUUCUAAUUUGAGUGUCCUAUCUGUUAGUCUGUGGUUAAAGCCUGGAUAAUUUUGAUUGUUUCUAUCUAUUUUUUUUAAAUAAACACUAAUUACUUGAAAAAAGGUUCUACUUCGCGUAGAAUAACAAUACAUUUUACUAUUAUAUGAAAAAAAAACACUUAGUUUUCACACCACUUUUGUAUUUCUACAACAACAACAACAACAACAAACUGAACGAGCAUUUCGUUUAGUAGUCUUUAAACAGACGCUUAUCACCCAACAAGUUCUAUCCGUUUUCUCAGUGGAUUAAAUUAAGUCGUGAAAUUUCUUACUAGCAUUGAGACAGUGGCGUUUCAAGGAAUAUUAGCCCCGAGACAAAAUAUGAUUUACCGCCCCCCAUUGAAGAAAGCAUUGGCAUAACGACGCAAAAAAAGACUCGACUAGAGCAUCGAAAAGUUAACAAAAAAAUGGUA